UUGGUAGAGGAGUAGUGUGUAUGUUUUUAUUGUGUUAUAUCUUUACUUUAAUUUUUAAUUAGAAUGGCUAAUUAAGCACCUCAUAGCAAAGUGCUUUCAAUGCAUGAUUAUUACGUUGGAGCCUCUUAUAGAUUUGCUUUUUUUUUCUUUUCUUUUCUUUAAAAAGCUUUUUAUCAUUGUGUUCCUCGAAUUCGAUUGGGGGGGAGAUUAGGGUUUCUUAUUCGAUUUGAAAUUUGGAUAGUGGAUGGUGUGGUAAUGUGAGAGAGAGAGAGAGAGAGAGAGAGAGAGAGAGAGAUCUCGUUAUGUUAAAGAGACAACACUCCAUCGCCAUUCUCUACAGAAGAAUCUCACGAUUCGAUUCACAAUCCCUAAUGUCUUCCGCUGCUUCUUGCGCCGAUCCCUUGCGAUCGCUCCACACUCGAUCCAUCGGUAACGGCAACAGAUUCGAUGGAGGCUUCGUUCACAGACCCAAUCCCAUUUAUAAAUGCGGCGGGAAGGCUAAUGGGUUAACCUUGAGAAGCUGUUUUGAUGCUUCUCCUGAUCAAAAGGCUCGAGCUUUAUCUCUGCAUCGUCGGCUUCUCCAUGGCCCGAGGGAAGAGCAACGCGGCGGGGGAGGAGCCACCGACUUAGCGGAUGGACGUGGUGCGUACCUGCCUGGUAACAAGACGAGGUUACAAGGGAAUGAUAAGAUUGUUGUGGCUGUUGACAUUGAUGAGGUUCUUGGAAACUUUGUCUCGGCACUUAACAAGUUCAUUGCGGACCGCUAUUUGUCAAACCAUUCAGUCUCAGAAUACCAUGUCUACGAGUUCUUCAGGAUAUGGAACUGCUCUCGUAAUGAAGCUGACAUACGUGUUCAUGAAUUCUUUAAGACAUCAUACUUCAAGAAAGGGAUCCAUCCUCUUCCAGGUGCACAUACGACUCUUCACAAGCUAUCAAGAUACUGCGAGCUCUCAGUUGUGACGUCCCGGCAGAAUGCUAUAAAGGAUCACACACUUGAGUGGCUCGACAUGCAUUUCCCGGGACUGUUUAAACAUAUUCAUUUUGGGAACCAUUUUGCUCUUCAUGGAGAGUCUAAACCCAAGUCUGAAAUCUGCAGAUCAUUCGGAGCAGAGAUAUUGAUUGACGAUAACCCGAGAUAUGCAGAGGAAUGCGCUAACAUUGGAAUGAAGGUUCUCCUCUUUGACUAUGAUAACUCAUACCCUUGGUCUAAAACUGAGUCUGUGGACAGACAUCCUCUGGUGACUAGAGUUCAUAAUUGGGAAGAAGUGGAGCAGCAGAUUCUCUCAUGGGUAGUAACAAAGUGUUAAAAACAUUUAUAGUAUUGCUGUUUCAAUGUUACAUUGUAUUGUAUAAACAUGAAAGAAGACAGAACAAACCAAGAAAUCUUGAUGGGAUGAAAUUAGCUAAAAAAACUGUCACCUUUUAGCAUUAAAUUACUUCUUUUUUGUUGCUAAAAUUAGUUUGGUAUCACUAAUUUUUUUCACUAUCUGUACUGUACAUAUGUAAGAUAAUGUAUAAUUUAAGUGUUUAGUAUAUCAUAUGAAGUUACUUU